CUGCACGCGCGGUUGCAUUUGAUAGUUUAAAGCAGUUUACUAUUCGUUCCGGUAAAGAGCGUUUAAAAAAAAAAAAAGGACAUGCCGAGAGGAUUUUUAGUCAAAAGGAAAAAGCGGGCUUCUUCUGCAUCAUACAGGAUGCGGACUGAGGACAGCGGACCGCUAAAUGUGGGUCACGUACCCCAGACUCAAGAAGUGCAGGUGAUCAUGUGCCCGAACAAACUAUGGUCAGAAAUACCGUCACCAGGAAGUAUUCCAGAAUCCCUGAAGAGUGUAUUAGUGGAAACAGGACAACCAAAUCUCCCAGAAAGCGCCGAUAACACGAUGGAGAGUGUGGUCACUGCUGAGCUGUCCCAAACUAAACUCUGCGUACCAGAGAACGGUUCUCCUGGGAGGGUUGAUGCCUCUUACAGUCCGAUCAAGCCUGUUGGCACAGAACUGAAGAAGACAUUCUUUGAAAGCUGUUUGAGCUCACCUGUGUCAGCGGAGUCUUUUUCCAUAACCACCUCUAUGUCUCCUAUGGAAAGACUACUAAUGCACCGCUCGCAUUUCACAGCGUCAGAGAUGAAAAUGGACACGCCUGUUCACUUGUACUCACCUCUCCAUCACGCUAUCAAACGCUCAUUCGCGAACUCUACAGAUCGCAGGGGCAAACCAGUAGCCAAGAAACCAAAAGUAAUGAGAAAACUCAAUUUUGAAGACGAGGUUACCACCUCGCCAGUUCUUGGGAUAAAAAUAAAAAAAGAAAGUCCCGAGUAUAAACGUGUAUCCAAUUCGGGCCACAGGAAACCUUUAGGUGAGUUCAUUUGUCAGCUCUGCAAAGAAGAAUACCCCGACCCAUUUUCAUUAGCGCAGCACAAGUGCUCCCGCAUUGUCAGGGUAGAGUAUCGCUGCCCCGAGUGUGAUAAAGUUUUCAGUUGCCCAGCCAACCUAGCAUCUCACCGUAGGUGGCACAAGCCCCGCCCUGCAAACAACGGAGAGAACCAGGGCAGCAAAAAGCAGCACCAGGUUGUACAUCCUGAGACAGCCAACCCGUCAGUAGAGGGUAAAGAAAACGCCAGCAAUCUUUUAGUACACGAUCAGCACCACCCAUCGCUGGACAGCUCCCAGUGCUUAAUUCAGCACCACCAGACAACAGACGCCACUCAAAAGCAAGAACAGAAGCAUCAAAGAUCUCAGGAAAGUUCCCCUUUUCUGAACCAGCAUUUUAUGUCAACGGAGAGUUCUAUUCUCUUUGAUCAGCACCCAAAGACCAUGGACAGCUCAAGGAUCAUGGGUUGCACGGAGCCAACAGAUGCUGCAAUUCCGCCACGCUCGCCGACCUCAGAGGUUAGAGAAGAGGAAUUCGAAUGCUCUUACUGUAAGAAGAAAUUUCGCAGACAGGCUUACCUUCGAAAACACCUGAUCGCCCAUGAAGCAGUUAGGUCGUCGUCUUACAACCAUAUAGAAAGUGAGCAUAUCACCUUUCCAUGUCACCUAUGCGGAGCCCAUUUCCCCUCAGCAGAUAUUAGGGACAAGCACCGGCUGUGGCACGCUGUGAGAGAAGGGAUCUCAGUAAAUCCAGCGAAAAACAGCAGCCCACUGGGGAGACCAGACAUCGUGCAAGGGGAGCAACAGAUCUUUUCCUGCAAGCACUGUCCUUCCACCUUCUUCAGCUCUCCUGGACUGACGAGGCAUAUCAACAAGUGCCACCCGACUGAGAGUAGACAGGUGCUCUUACUGCAGAUGGCUGUCGGGCCAGGUUGUUAACUGGAAAGUGCACUCAUUUUGAAUUAAAAAUGUACUCAUUACAAACAUCGUGUAUGUGGAUAAAGUCUUCUUAAAUUGUGACCCAGUAAUUGUGUACAGAUUACACAGGGGGUAAAAUCAGUUGCACAAUGCAGUUCACAUUUUAUUUAAAUUGAUAGGGUUGUAUGCAACAAAGAAAUUCAACAGGAUGCUGAUUCAAUUUAAGAUUUCUGACAGUUAUGGUUUAUAGAAAGAAAUCAAGCAAUACAUUUAACUUCAAACCCUAGCGACUGUCCAAGCUUUCCCAAAAUAUAUAAAGUCUUAUAAAUAUGUAUCGUAGUUCCUAUGGGAAUUGAAUGUGUUUGUUAAGUACAGUUGUAGUACAGUAUAUAUUUUUAAGAUGUUGUUUUCCUGCAGGAAAUAAUGAGUCUGAUUGUUUUGUAAACGACCUACGUAUGUAACUUUGUUAAUCUAAUUACGGCAUUCAUAUAUCACUUAAUCUCUAUGAAUUUAUUAACUACUAUACAAUGAUCCGUGAUGUUGUUAUGCUGCAUCCCGGAGUUUACGCAACUAAGAUGUUAAAACAUGUUGUUUUUGAGGGUAUAAGAUUUAUUAAUUCGAAAAUUCCUGUGCUAAAGAAAUGUGUUUUUAGACGAAUAACCAAA